UGGCUGGGUCUAGUCUCUCAUCAUACUCUCUAGAGGCCCCUACUAGGCUAGGGGCCUAUGCUAGCUUAGGUAGCGCGUGGCGAGCCCAGGCCUCCUACCCUAGGCCUACUCUAGCCUAGGGUAGGCCCUGGCCUAAGUCAAAGUGGGCCCAGGCUAGGUAGCUCCUCCACCCGUUCUACUCUAGGACUGUGGGGCCUAUCCACUACCUAGGCUUAGGCUAGUAGGCUCCUACUAAUAAAGGCCUAGGCUAGGCCUAGUAUAGUGUUGCGAGCAUUAUGUAGGUCUAGGCAGAGUGAGAUGGCUUCUAUCCAUUCAGAACUGUCUUUAGAUAAACAUGCUAUUGGCAGGUACAGCAGGCAACUGAUCCUACCUGAAAUAGGAACAAAAGGACAGAAAUCAAUUAUGAAUUCAUCAGUAUUAAUUGUGGGGGCUGGUGGCCUUGGGUGUCCAGCCACAUUAUACCUAGCAGCAGCAGGCAUUGGAAAGCUUGGUAUUAUUGAUUAUGAUGAAGUUGAGCUGAGCAACUUACAUCGUCAGGUUCUCCAUAAAGAAACAAAUUUAAACGUUAAGAAGGCAGAGUCAGCAAGCACAUAUGCGAUGGAACUCAAUUCAGGCUGUCAAUGUAUUCCCUAUCAUGUACAACUUGAUAGCACAAAUGCAAUGGACAUCAUUAAAAACUAUGAUAUAGUUUUAGACUGUACGGACAAUGCGGCUACAAGAUAUUUGUUAAAUGAUGCUUGUGUUCUGUCUAAGAAGCCGCUCGUCUCUGGAAGUGCCCUUAGAUUUGAAGGCCAGUUGACUGUAUAUAAUCAUGAAGGAGGCCCGUGUUACCGGUGUCUGUACCCAAAACCUCCCCCUCCUGAAGCUGUUACCAACUGUUCUGAUGGUGGUGUGUUAGGUCCAACAUCAUUCAGUCAAAAACUCUUCAUGUUUGAUGGCUUAAAUGGAACAUUCAGGACAAUUUGUCUCCGAGGCAGACAGAAAUCUUGUGUAGUUUGCGGAGAUGAUCCAUCUGUUACAGAGCUUAUUGAUUACGAACAGUUUUGCGGAGCCAGUGCAACAGAUAAGUGUCAAAAAUUAAACCUAUUGGAUAAAACAGAUCAUGUGACAGUUGAGCACCUGUUGUCUGUAAGUACAACGAACACACCAAGUGUUUAUAUAGACGUGCGCCCUCAAGUUGAGUUUGAUAUUUGUCAUCUCAAGAACUUCCAAAAUAUUCCACUUAAUAAAAUUGCAAGUGAAGAGCAUAUAGCACUACUAAACCAACAAAUUACUUCUCUAUGUGCAAAUGAAGAGAAAGGCCAAUUAACAGUAUAUAUUUUGUGCAAGCAAGGAAAUGAUUCACAGAAAGCUGUUUUAAAGUUAAAAGAAAAGCUAGAUUCUACAAUUGUGAAAAUCAAAAACAUCCAAGGUGGUUUAGCAGCAUGGUCCAAUAGAAUUGAUCCAAACUUUCCAACGUACUGACAAUUGUAAGGAGAUUUAGCGGCGUGGUCCAAAAGAAUUGAUCCAAACUGUCCCACGCACUGACAAUUGUAAGAUGGUUUAGCAGCAUAUUCCAGUAGGAUUUAUACAAACUUUCUAACGUACUGCAAAUUGUAAGGUGGUUUUGCAGAAUGGUCCAGCAACAUCAACCUAAAAAUUAAGCUUUCUUUCCAACAUAAUGACAGUAAUAAGUAAAGUGUCUGACACAUGCCACUGUUAUACACUGUUGUCUGCCACUGUCGUGCUAUGCUUAUAGACCACCUCACUGUUUCACCCUGUUAGUGGUCAAUGUACAGUACUUGUGGUUGGAAUCGAAAAAAAAAUAAAAAUCAUAAUUUUACGCAAAAACAUAUUGUUUGGUCAAACUUUAUUGAUUAAUAAACUCAAAUACAUUUUCACACAAUGAAAGUAAUUAAAUGUGCAGCUUGUGAGUAAUUGAAGUUCUUUGAAAAAUGUAAAAAAAUUAUACUAUACACAUUUAAAGCAGGGGCCCCAAAUCUUAUGCAGUUCAUAAGCCUUUCGUGAGCAAGCAAUAACCUCCAUGAUGAUGUUUGAAUGUUUUUUUGUACUGCAUUAUGUGCAGGAAAAUAUAAUUAUAUAAAUGUUAAAGAGCUCAUUCAAACAGACCUCAUGGAAGUGGGCUUUCCUAACUUAGGACCCCUGUUUGAGUUGGUGUCGGUACUUUUGAUUUUGCGAGUCCACUGAUUUUUUUUUUCUAGAAUCAAAUUUAACAAAUUUAAUUCCAAAUUAGAUAAUGGUGGACAGUAAACAAUGCACCAUUCCACUAAGUGUUUCAAGUCCCAUAAACCAGCAGCAUAAACAUUUUCUUGUGGAUUCCUCAUGAUUGUUGUGUUUACUUAACACACCCUGGAGAAGGUCCACCAUCUAUUUAUUGAGAUCAACACUAAAAUUGUACAUUCAAUGGUACCUGUUGUUUUUAAAUAUAUAUAAAUACAUACCAACAUUACAAUAACAUUGCCUUACAUAUCACUGUUUACCACAAAACUGCACUAAAUACUUUAUUUGCCAUCAUGCAACCACAAUAAAAAAUAGUCCAUUAACCAAGAGCAAAAUUAUUUAAACAUCCAAAUUUGUUUUCGUAAUUAAUAAAUAAUAGAUGGAAAUAAUAUCUAUAUUUUUGACACAUAUUUUAGUAAAUAAAAUACUAAUAUGAUGGUUAUUUAAAAUGCCAUCACUUUACCAAGAGUUACAAUUCAAAUACUACUAUUCACAUAUUCAUACCAACUUAUACAUAUUCAUAUAUACUCAUACAGUACAUAAUUCAUGCAUAUUCAUAUUGGAUUCAGUAAGGUUUCCUGUACUGCCUACACUUAACAAUGCUUGCUAGACCUAAAGACUGUCUUUUACAGCCAUUGCACUCCUUUACUAUACUGUAUAACCAACCUCAUACAAACACACUAUUACAAUUAUUGUUUAAUGUAAUUUGCUUUCUACUGUAUUUGAACAAUCUGCUCGUAACACUGCUUUACGUAAAGCCCUGUCCAGACCACCAAAUUUGAUUUGACAAAAACAUGUGACAUGACAUCACAUCAUCGGCACAUCAUGACUAUAUAUGGGCAUACAACAGUCUUUUUUUUAAACAAAAUUUGAUAGUGUGGACUGAGCUUAAAGCUUUGUCCACACUAUCAAAUUUUCUGUGACAAGUUUGUGUUAUGAGCCCAUAUAUGGGCAUGAUGUCAUAUUUCACCCAAAUAUGGGCAUAUCACAUGUACAUCGCUAUAUACAGGUAAUCCAUGCUGCAAUGUCUACAAUGUGCAUUGCAAUACAGUAUCAUUCUUUGUGUCAUUCCUAAUUUCAACACUUGUCAUUUAUUCUAGAAUUGUCACAAUUUUAUACAGCGUUCUAAUAAUCA